UUGAGAACUGGUUUGAGUCCAUAAGCGAGAAUUGGCCAAUGGGACUUUACAAUCCGAGAGAUUCUGGAGAUAGCAAUGAAGGCUCUGGUAUACCUGGCGUGGAAAAGGUUGUUUUCUACCAGCGUCCAAGCUUCGGGUUGAAGAUAUGGGGGCCCUUUGUUCCAGCAUCUGACAACCUGACUGCGCUGUACAGCUUGACAGCGUUACAGACUGUCAUAGGCAUUACGAUGUUCCGUACGGUACGUAUGAGGUGGAGAGAUACGUCAUUCUGGGGGAGGGUGACUAAAGGUGCGAACGCAAUCGGUGGUUCGUACGUUCUAUUCAACUCGGGACUCGAGGUAUCUCGUCUUCUACUACCGUAUGAUCCUUGGUACGACGAGGCAAAACGUGCAAGAGAGAGUGCCAUUGCGCAGGGGAAGAAACCGAACUGGUGGUUUGGUCCAUUGGACCAGAAGCCGAUGAGUUUGGCCGAAUGGAACGAAAAGAUGGAUGUUUGGAUUCUGGACCAAGAGGAGAACUUGGAUAGACAGUCUACAGCGUUGGUGGGGAGCCCAGAGAUCAAAAUGGGAUAUAAUCACAUCAAGGAGCAGAACACCAGAAGACAGAGCGAAAUCUUGGAGCAGUUGCAGCACAACACCUUUGAGAGAAACCGCCCUCUACACCAAUCAAAGGUGGCUCUCAGAGAGCUGCACAACCCCAAACACCAAGUAGUGAUACCGGAAGAGUACCAAUCAGAGGAAAACUCGGACUUCUACGAGAUAUGGGAUCUCAAUGAUCCCUGGAACGUGCUGGCCAACGAUGCCAACAUCUUGGUGAGGUUUAUCCCAGCAUCAGUGGACAUAAAGGCAGACGACAAGGUGCAAGAAAGCACAACAUCAUGAAUCACCACACGCACUAUGAACAGCCGGCGCCAAAAUGGUAACCAAACACAUAGUGAACAUCUCUGCGUGUAUAUAAGCAUACAAUGGUAAAUAGCAAUGAUCAAUGAAAACAAGAA